AUGGACGGUCGUGCCUUCUUGUUCAGAGUCCCCUGCCCUAAAGCCCGGCGCAGAAUCCUCAGCCAAUGUUUAUGGCAGGUAGAAGGACAAACGAUGUUCGUAGCUAAGUGGUCACCAGGAGUUCAGCCUGAAAAGCCUGAGCUUUCUACGGUUCCCGUUUGGCUCGAUUUCACUGGUGUUCCUCUCCAAUUCUUUAACAAGGAUGCUUUGAAGGUGAUCGCAGGCUUGGUUGGACAUCCUUUAUGUCUUCACCCCUCUAUAGAGAACCUUACAAACAUUGAAGUGGCCAAAGUCUACACUGUGAUCGACCCGAGGCAACCUUUACCGGAAGCUGUCAAUGCCCAAUUCGACUCUGGUGAGGUUGUUCGAAUCACAGUUUCUAGCCCUUGGCUGCCCUCUCUCUGUAGCCAUUGUCGGAAAGUGGGGCACACGAUUUCAGAAUGUCCCAAUGCUCCACCGAAAUGUGAUAUUUGUGGCUCAGUAAAGCACGGUGCAUCUGAAUGCACGAGGAAGCAUUCUGGCUUACGAAAGGACAAGGCGCCCAUUGCCAGUCAAUUCCCUAUAGUCGGUACUGCUCCUCCACCGCAGUCUCUCCUGAAGACUGCUAGCACAGAAACCCGCUCUGUCCUAACUGCUGCAAUCAAGAAGAAGUCAGUAGUGACCGAAGCGGGAACGUCCACACAAAUUCAAGCAGGCCAGACUCGUGUCCCUGCUAGAAAUGAUACCCUUGUUGUUGAUCUGAAUGGACCAGGUGUUGUUGAUCUGAAUGCACCAGGUGUUGCCUCAUCAGGUCACUCUAAGCCGAGCUCGGAUUCAUGUCUUGAUUCAAGUUCUGGGAGCCUAUCUGGUGAAGAUGAUGAUCCUCUUGAUAUAGAAGAUCGGUACAUCGGUGUGGUUACGCGGGGAAUGAAGAAGUCUGCUAGGAAAGCUAGGGUCAGAGGCCCUUUAAACCUCUGA